UAGACGCUUUAAAUGUCAUGGUUAAAACCAACGUACAAAAAGUUAUUUCCCAAAGUUACGACGGAGCAGCUGUAAUGUCUGGAAAAAUCAAUGGGGUACAAGCAAAAGUCAGGAGCAAGUUUGUCAAUGCAUACUAUACUCUUUGUUACGCACAUCAACUAAACUUAGUUAUGUCUCAGAGUGCAUCAAGCAAUAAAUCAGCCAAAGUAUUUUUUGCAAAUUUGUCUGCUAUUCCAACAUUUUUUUCAAAUUCCCCCGCACGUCUAUCAGCAUUAGAUGAAUCAGUUGCUCGUAGAAUACCAUCUGUUUGUACAACUCGAUGGAAUUACCAAUCAAGGGCUGUAGAUGUUGUUUCCCAAAAUCGUUAAAAACUGAUCGAAUGUUUUGAAGAACUCCAGAAUUCUUCUUCCGCUGAAACUGUAAGAAAAGAGAGUGGCUGUCUACGACUCUUGGAAGACUUUGAUUUUAAUUUUUGGUUAAACUUUUUCCAUCGUCUAAUGCCACACAUCGAUAUUUUAUUCAAUCAAUUUUAGUCGCGGGAUUCAUGUUGCUCUACAAUAAAAAAAAUAUAGAUACAUUUUUGAGUAUCAUCGAGAAAGUGCGAGGAGAAGCAUAGGAUAUUUUAAAAGAAGUUUCAGAAGGCUCGAGUGUGUGCUCCACAGCGCGCAAAAGAAACCAAGACUCUAAAAUCCGCGAUGCAAUAGAAGUUUGUGAUAUUCUUUCUACACAAGCAAAGGACAGGUUUGAAAAUACGGACUACGUCGAUAUUGCAGAAUUGUUAAAUUGUAAUCAUUUUAAUCUUUUAGAAAAAAACUUUCCAGAAUCUAAACUUACUUUGGCUGUAAAUCACUAUUCCUUUUUAAACAAAUGUAAACUUAAAACUGAGCUAACGGUGUUAUAUGAAAGACCAGAUUUCAGAAAUUUUUCUGGUCUCCUAUCACUUUUAAAUUUCUUAUAUGAUUACGACUUAGAUGAUUCAUUUGAUGAAGUAAUAACAUUAAUUUUAAUUUUGGUUAUAACACCCAUAUUCACGGCAGAAGCAGAGCGUUGUUUUUCGACUUAAAAACGAAUUAAAACUUUUUUUUGCGAAACACUAUGUCACAGGACAGGC